AUGCAUGAUUUGUCUUGCAUGUUGAAAGUGUCAACUCCAGCGGGAGCCACUGUGUUAACCACACAGGCGUGGUUAAGUCUUGUACUUAAAUUUGAGAAUCGUGAGUCUGUGAUUGAUUUGAUUUGUCUACCCUUCAAGGGUAUUGACGUGAUUAUUGGCAUGGAUUGGCUAUCAGCAAAUAAUGCCAUUCUGGAUUGCAAAAGGAAGAUAGUAACUCUUCCUUUGUGUACUAUGAUAGUUGAGGCUAUUAAUGGUCGUUUGUGGUUGUCUGCUACUCAAGCAACUAAGUGUAUUCAGAAGGGUUGUCAGGCGUAUGCUGUUUUCUUUUCUGUUAGUACGGAUAAAGAAGUUGGUAUAGAGCAAAUCGAGGUAGUAAAGGAGUUUCCUGAGGUAUUUCCUCAGGGAGUGUCCAGUUUACCUCCUGAAAGGGAAGUUGAAUUCUCCAUUGAGCUAGUACCAGGGACAGCUCCAAUUUCUAAAGCACCGUACAGAAUGUCACCUUCUGAAUUGGCAUAG